AUGCUGCAGCGUGUAUGGAGAAGACCGCUGCAUAGUGUUCCUUGGCGAGCCAAUAUCUACACGUCAAGCGCAAGCGAUAUCAAUACCCAAGAGAUUGUAGCUUCUGUGCUUUCACCCAGGCACAAGUACGUACGGAAAUUAAUUGUAGGGUUGGGUAACCCCGGUACCAAGUAUACGAACACAAGACACAACAUUGGGUCCAUUGUAGUAAAACACUUUUUGAAAACGUACGCAUCGCACGUGACGGGAAAUUAUUUGCAACUGCAACCCGAAGAGAGAAUUCAUGCUGAUGUGGCAAAGUUUAAGCUGAAAUUCCAGCAAAAUGUAGCAGACAAGGCGUACAUGUAUCCAGUCGAUGAUUUGGUAAACCGAUUGUCAAAGCGUGCGAAAGAGCGGACGUUAACGGAAGGUGUUCCUCACGAUGAAGUGAACGUUGCACUGCUUCUGCCAAGAACAUAUAUGAACUGCUCUGGUACUGCUGUCCGCGCCUUUAUGCAGUCACACAACUGGCGACUAAAGAAAAACCCAUUAGCGCUAAACCGACAGGACGAGCUUCUUGUGGUUACGGACGAUGUCGCGCUGCCUUUUGGCGAGUGCCGCUUUAAGGCAAAAGGUGGUCCAGGCGGUCAGAAUGGUGUACGAGAUAUUAUCAAGUGCAUUGGUACCAAACGCUUUGCUCGUCUUCGCGUCGGCGUGGGUGCACCCCACUGGUUUGUAGGAGGUAGAAGUGGGGCUCCAUCGGGUACCGCGAUCGACAAGUUUGUGCUUGGACGGUUCAACGGAGAUGAGCAAGAGGUUAUGCUGGACUUGCUGCAGUACACGAAUGAAUUGAUACGUCUGUAUUUGCACCGUGGCGUUGCACAGGCCACUACGUACAGUAAUAGUAUGGAUGUACAGUACUACUUGAAGCAUUAG